GCGUAAGUUAAUAGAUAAUCGACCGCGCCUCACCCGUACCUUUGUCUCCUUGCACAUUGCUGUGGUAUUUAGAUUCAAUCACGUAGACAGUUAAGCGGACUAUUCCUCUCAUUUUCGUCUUCUUCUUCAACGUCACCAUGUCUUACCCAGAAAAUGUUGGCAUCAAGGCCAUGGAAAUCUAUGUGCCUGCUCAGUGUCUCGAUCAAACGCUUUUCGAAACGUACCAGGGCGUUUCUGCUGGCAAAUACACCAUCGGCCUCGGUCUCGAGUCUAUGAACUACUGCACUGACAGAGAAGAUGUCUGCUCCUUCGCGCUCAACGCUGUGUCUUCCCUUUUAUCGAAAUACAACAUUGACCCCAACUCUAUCGGCCGUUUAGAAGUCGGCACCGAAUCGCCCUUUGACAAGGCCAAGUCGGUCAAGUCCGUUCUCACCCAGCUAUUUGAGCCGGCGGGCAACACCAGCCUCGAGGGUAUCGACACCGUCAACGCCUGCUACGGAGGCACCAGCGCCCUCUUCAACGCCGUCAACUGGGUGGAAUCGCGCUCAUGGGAUGGCCGCGACGCCAUCGUCGUCGCUUCGGACAUUGCGCUGUACAAGGAGACUGCUUCUCGUCCCACGGGAGGCGCCGGGUGCGUCGCGAUGCUCAUCGGCCCCAACGCGCCGCUGUCGCUCGUCCCCAACAUUCGGGGAACCUACAUGACGCACGCGUACGACUUUUACAAGCCCGAUUUCUCUGUCGAGUACCCGAUGGUAAAUGGCCACGAGUCGAUCCGAUGCUAUAUUAGCGCUCUCGACGGCUGCUACAAGAAUCUGAGGGAGCGUCUUGCCCAGAAAGAGACCAGAAGCAACGGUGCCGGCGUUGAGCACAAGGAAGGCGGCAUCAUGGAGCUGUUUGAUUACAUGGCUUUCCAUACACCCAACUGCAAGCUGGUCAGCAAGUCGUAUGGUAGGCUACUAUACAAUGACUGCUUGGCGUCGAGUGAUGAGGCUGCUUGGCAAGGCUUCCCCGAGGAACUGCGAAACCUCGACCACAAAGAAUCCCUAACAAGCAAGACGCUGGAAAAGACGGUCGUGUCCUUGACAAAAGAUGCAUUCCAGGCCCGCGUUGAGCCUUCUAUUCUUGCGCCCAGCAAGUGCGGCAACAUGUACACUGCCAGUCUCUACUGCUCUCUCAUCAGCUUGCUUAGCAACAUUGAUACCGAGGAAGCGCAGGGCAAGCUCAUAGGCAUGUUUAGCUACGGAAGUGGCAUUGCUAGCACACUGUUCGGCCUCAAGGUUACUGGUAACGUCUCCGACAUGGUGCAGAAGAUCGACUUUAUGGGCCGUCUGGCACGACGCCGCGUCGCCACACCGGAAGAAUACGAAGAGGCUUGCACGUUGAGAUAUAACGCCUAUGGUCGCAAGAACUUCAAGCCAUCGGGUUCCAUUGAGGCUUUGGCGCCAGGCACGUAUUAUCUCGAGAGCAUUGAUGACGCGUAUCGCAGAACAUAUUUGAAGAAAUAAUUCGUGGAUGCGAAUCGUAAGAUGUAACUUCGCUGUAAAAAUACAACGAGAUAAAUAUUUGCCCAUUAAUGCUGAAAUUCAUGUUCGUCUUGC